AUGCUCCCGUCAGCUGGCAAGUUUCCCAACAGCGCUGCAUUCCGGGACGCGUUGCUUUGGAUCGCUUCGUCGCGUCGCGCGAAGGGAGUCCGGCAUUGGUGCGCCGUCCUCGCCUCGCACGCGCUGUUCCGCGGGGAGCUGCACAGACGCAACGUCCCCGUGCUGCUUAUCGUUCUUGCGCUGGUUGUGGUGCUGGCGAUCGUGCAGUGGCGCGCGCUACUACUACACCCCACAGUCAUCUCCGGCAUGUCCGCGUCCUCGCCUUCCCGAGCCCUCGUUGCGCCCGGAAUAAGCUGUAACCGCCCCACGUCCGCGGAGCUGUACGAGGCACGGGCGCAGCUCUUCGCGCUCGAUUCGCCCCUCCCCCCGACCACCAUCACCAUGCGCGCAUCGCUCCCCUCCCUGCCCCACCUGGAGGACUGUGCCGCGCGCACUGCCUUCCGCCUCGCCUCCGAGCGCACAGGGGGGAGAGGGACGGGCGCAGAAGGGGGAAAUGGGGAGGAAGAGGGGGAGGGUGAAGCACCGGAGUGGGCGCGGGCGACUGCGGCGUGUGGCAACGUGCCGCAGCCCCCUUGGGUGCGAGGGGGGAACGCAGCGAAUCUGGGGAGCAUACGGGAGGUGCAGAGGGACCUGUGGGCGCACCAGUUCCCCGCUGGGCCAUGUCAUGGCCGCCGCCUGCUGCUCGUGCACUGGCCGCACCUCCCCCUGUCCCCCGCAAAUGAAGGGAAUGGGCGAGGCGGUGAGAGCGGUGUUGGGAGGAGUGCAGUGAGUGCGAAGGUGGUGGCAGAGCAGCUGGCGGCGAUGGCAGGGGCGCUGAGUGCGGCGGUGAGCAGCCAGCGCGUGCUGGUGCCCAUGCCAGGCUCCUUCCUCCCCGCCAACCACCCCCACUGCCACGCACCUUUCACACCCUCUCAUUCCCCUCCAUCUCCUGCAUCAUUCCGCUCAAGCCUUCCGCCCAACGCCCACUCUCGAUGCCCUCUCUCCCCACGCCCGGCCCCCCAUGCCCUGUCCCCUUCCACAGCGGUGAACGAGUCAGGGUCGUUGCACUGCUACUUCUUCCGCUCCGUGUCGGCUGCAUGCGAGGCAGCAGCCAUGCAGCGAUACCGCGCUGCCGGCUCGCCCCCCUGCCGCAACCUCUCACAGCUCGCCCAUGCCAUUGCCUCCAACAACUCCCUCGUCUGUGCCCACACCACUCUCCACCCCUCCUCUCGGCCACACUCCGCUGCUGCGGGGGCAUGGGGCGAUGCAUACAAGCAGCGGCCUUACCUGGUGGAGGAGAGGGGCGUCAUGGUCAACGCCACAGAGGAGCACUUGCAGGCCUACUGGUGGCAGGCCCAAGCCCUGCGCUUCUUGCUUCGCUGGCCUUCGACGCACCUCUGCCACGCCACCAACCGCAUGCGCCACUCCGCGUACGGCAACCACACGGCAGCACUCUCAGCAGCGCAAGUGGCGGAGCAGCGAGCCAUCCUUGCGGCCCUGUGGUCGCCAUUCUCCGACGCACACCAGCACCUGGGCAUCGACACACGCUCCGAGGCCAGGCUGCUCACUGCUCUUGACUUCUCCAAACCCCACAACUUGGAGACGGACGUGUGGCCUGCUCUGGGAUUCGUUGGGUGCGGUGAGGCUAAUUGCAUGGGCCCAGGUGGGGGUGAUGUGAGAGGAGAGAGUGAGGGGAGUGAGGAGAGAGAGGGAAAGAGGGGAGGUGGAGGGGGAGGGAUGAAUUGUGAAGGCAAUGCAGGAGAAUCUGCUGAUGAUGAAGAAGAUGUUGGCGAGGAGAAGCCGUUGGCGCUGGUGACGUACGAGAGGGUGGGCAGGGAGGUGGGUAUUCCACGGCCGGUGGUGAGCAUGCAUGUGGAGCAGCAUCCAACUGUCGGGGCGCAAGCGCUGCUGCCGCUGCUCCCGCUGGCCUACCGUCUGCACCGCCUGGACCCCACCCUCCAACUCGCCUGGCUCUCCGCAGAGCACCCGGUAAGACGGCUCUCCGCUGACCGCUGA